UCAGGUUUAUUUCAGGAGUAACUUAGCUAGCCACUUCAGAAAGUGGGGAAACUUCAACUGCAGUUAACCACGAAAACAAGUAUAAAAAAAUAAAAUAAAAUAACAAAUACCGAAAGGAACAAAUCAACAUGAAACAUAGCUAGCAAUCUAGAUGGCAGACGUUUCGGAGCGGAAUCAAAGGUUUUGAGUUUCUCUGUUAGCGGUUUGUCCGGAUCAACAAAGUGCAUCAUGUCAAGUAGGGAUAUCAGUGAAACCACCCCGCUGUUGGAGAGCCCUGCAGCUGCAAACAGAUUUCAAGGGUCUGUCUUUCAGGGCAGAAGACUGGCUUGUGCGGCAGUACUUCUGGCCGAGUCCUUUGAGCGAGUGGCAUUUUAUGGCAUCAUCUCCAACCUAGUCCUCUUCCUCAAUGCCAGCCCUUUCUAUUGGGAGGGGACCCAGGCCAGUCAAGCCCCUCUAGUUUUCAUGGGGGUCACUUAUCUGGUGUCUCCAUUUGGUGGUUGGCUGGCAGACGCCUACCUGGGGAAGUUCUGCACCAUCGCCUGCAGUUUGGUCCUUUACCUCCUCGGGAUGCUGUUUUUCCCCUUUAUUGCUCACGAGAGCACCAGGAUAAACCUGUGUAAUGAAGAACCGGCUUUCCCCGUACUUCCCCCAGAGUGUCUGAACGGUACUCCUCCAAGCAACGUGACCUGCCAUACCCGCCCGCCCUACUGCGGGCCUGCAAUCUACAGUGGCCUUGUCCUCAUCGCCUUAGGUGUGGGGACAGUGAAGUCCAACAUCACUCCUUUUGGAGCCGACCAGGUAAAAGACCGGGGUCCGGAGGCGACACGUCGGUUCUUCAACUGGUUCUACUGGUGCAUCAACCUUGGGGCCAUCUUGUCUCUUGGGUUUGUGGCCUACAUACAGCAGAACUAUAGCUUCUUCGUGGGCUACAUCAUCCCGGCCGUUUGCCUGGGCAUCUCACUCGUGGUCUUCCUGCUGGGCCGUGCUGUCUUCGUCACCAAGCCUGCCGAUGGCAGUGCCUUCACCGAGAUGUUCAAGAUCCUGGGCUUUCUCUGCUGCUCCUCCCAGAGGCCCAAAGAGCCCAACCUACUCCGGCCCACGCCAACACUGCUGGACGGUGCCAAAGUGACCUAUGGGGGUAGGUUCCCAGAGGAGAAAGUGGAGGAGUUGAAAGCCCUGUUGAAAAUCAUCCCUGUGUUCCUGGCUCUCAUCCCCUACUGGACCGUUUACUUCCAGAUGCAGACCACCUACGUCCUGCAGAGCCUUCACUUAAGAAUCCCGGAAUUUCCUGGCAACAUGACCAUUAACACCUCCACCCAUAACCAGAAUUCCCUGUUCCGCUUCCCCGCGGCCUGGCUCACCAUGUUCGACGCAGUCCUCAUCCUCCUGCUCAUCCCCCUGAAAGACAAGGUGGUGGACCCCAUCCUGAAGCGCAAGGGCCUCCUGCCGUCCUCCCUCAGGAGGAUCGCCGUGGGCAUGUUCUUCGUCAUGUGCUCGGCCGUCGCAGCCGGAAUAUUGGAGACCAAGCGACUGGAGAUCAUCAAGGCGCUUGGUCCUAUUGGCCAGAGGAUCGGCGGUGUCACGUACUAUGCAGCUGACCUGCCCAUCUGGUGGCAGAUACCCCAGUACGUGCUCAUCGGAGUCAGCGAGAUCUUCGCCAGCAUAGCAGGUCUGGAGUUUGCGUACUCUGCCGCCCCCAGAUCCAUGCAGAGCGCCAUCAUGGGCCUGUUUUUCUUCUUCUCUGGUAUUGGCUCCUUCGUGGGCUCAGGCCUGCUUGCCCUGGUCUCCCUCCCUGGCGUUGGAUGGAUGUCCUCUCACACAGAUUUUGGCAACAUCAAUAGCUGCUCCCUGCAUUACUACUUCUUCCUGCUGGCAGGCAUCCAGGGAGUCACCCUGUUGCUCUUCAUCAUCGUGUCGGUGAAAUACGACAAGCAGAAAGGUCGGCCGGGGAGUGCCAGGCCAGGGAGCAUCACCUCCUGACCGGGGGGUCAGCCAACUCCUGCUCUCCCAUCUCCACUCCAGCUUUUACAAAACUAGAAAAUAAUCCUUCAUUUUCUGUUUUAUUAUUCCUAUUUUCGCCUACAUAACAAAAAAGAUUUAAAAAAGUAAUGUGAUGUAAAUAAGCUUAAAACAAAAUAUGAAAUGUACAGUAUUCCUAUUUUAACUGUAGGUCAUGGCUUAUUAAUACCUAAAUAUUUAGAGAUCAAUUCCAUUGGCACUACAAAUCUUUUAAAAAGUGAAAUCUUAAAAUAUAAGUAGAAUAUCAAAAUCUUAACUGACUUAUGAGGCUAAAUUAAGAAAAUCUCCCUGGCGCAUUAUUUAUCACCUAUGACUUGAAAAGCAUUUUUUUUUUUGGUGAAUAAUCUGUUCUAGUCAGUAUGUUGGCCUAGGACAGCUUGUGGUGUGUGUUCUGCAGAGUGCAGACCGAUCUUUGCAUUGUAGAUAGAAGAAAUGAAUUUGCACAAGCUACAACAGGAAGCAGUUAACAUUGGCGUGUUAUAUUAAAUGUAAAGACUAACGAUAUUUGAAAAUGCGUGUGUAGCUCUGUUCUGAAGAAAUUGCACAUCCUGAUUUGCUGCUGUGCAAUUAUGUUGGAUAAGUAUGGAGUACAAGUUUUUGACAAAACAAUAUGAAACCUCUACUUGUGUGUUUUGAAAGUAAGCCACAUAUUCUCUUAUGUCAGACGCAGAACAGGUUUUUUAUUGAUCUUUUUUUGUACAGCUUGUAUCUUUGCCAGGUUUCUGUUUGAUCAUCUGUGCGAUCUUCAUGCUUCUUGUGGCAUUUGUGUUGAACAGAAAGUGUAAAGUGGUGUUACAGGGCCUGGCUGUGUUGUAUUGUAUCUUCAUUUUUUUUGUUCAGUACAGAACGCCCUUCCCCCUUUUUGUGAAUAUGAAAUAUUUACAAUUUACACAAGCUGAGGCAAAAUUAUGUUUCUGUUCUCUGGUAGUUCUGAGCAUUUACAUAAUUAUAAUGGGCAAAGUAUUUGAGAUCUGAGUAUUGACGUGUCGUGCAGUUUUUAAUGAGUUUACACUGGAGAAUUCAUUACCCACAUCUCUUAACCCUUUAAUGUUCUGCUUGACUGUUUGGUCGAGCACAUCAUCAUUUUUACAUAGCUUUUUUCCUGGUGAGGACAUGAACGGGUUAAUUACCAAAACUGCCAGGAGUCUAUAGACUUUUCAGGAAACAACUGGCCUUAUCUCAAUGGACACGUGAAAAAGGGGGGUCUUUGCAUUGUCCCCAGUAUUAUUAUCUUUUGCCACAUUUAAGAACCAGAUCAUGCCCGCUUGAGUACUUAAUUAUUCAGCUUGCAAUAGCAAGUGUUGGUAAAAAAAGUUUUUAUUUUUAUUUUAUUUUUUUAAUUGCAGUUGUUUAUGUAAUUAUUCAAGUGGGAAAUAUUUGGAUUAAAAAUAAUAAUAAUAAUUGAUUGGUUAUGAGGAGCUUGGUAGCUUCUUUAGCAAAAUUUGAAUAAGUGUAAAUUAAAAAAUUAACAUUGAACCAUCCAUGAUGUUGAAAGAUAUUCAGUUUUUUAGCCAUAUACUAGAUCAGUGCAUACCUCUCUGAUUACGUGAGCUGUGCAACCUGGUGGUUGAUAAUUGCACUUCAGGUAAUUGCAUUAUAGUAGAUUUUACGUAUUUUAAUGAGAAUAAUUUUUGGGAGUCAGAAAUGGAAAAACGUCAGAUGAAUUGUGUGAAGUGGUACUUGGUUUCUGGCUUCUGUAAAAUGUAGCGGGCAUGCUUGCAUUUAAGCACUUUUAAAUGGAGAGUUCACUUUGCGUAUUAAGCCAUUUGUUCAGAGGAAUACAAUGCAUUUCCCAGCCUCUAUAAAAGAGUGGUAAUCUAGUGAAGAUUGCUACAGAAAUGGAGGGCAUAGUUGAAUGUUCUAUCUAUUGUGAUAAAAUUUUUGUUGUGUUUUCAUUCUUAUGCAACUGUAUUAAGGAAUCUGGUGUGUUGAAAUGUUGUAACUGGACCGUUAUGACCAUGACCAGAUUUGGAAAAUGGCAUAUACAUAAACAGAAGAGGGUUAUACAAUUUAUUGUACUUUAGUUUAUAUUCAUUCACUAUAGUCAUUCAGUCAUUCAUUACAUAAAAUUUAGUUUUUAAAAUGGGUUGAUUGAAUUUGUGUUUAAUUCUGGAAAGUGCCAUUGAGAACUCUUCAGAGGAACCAUUUAUAAAUGGUUUCUUUUAGAUGUCCUAUGAAGGUAUGACUUAAGCACUUCUUAAGGUUACAGCAGCUUACAGCCAUCUGGGUGCUGCUGUGACCGGGUACAAUGUAAACACAGCCGUGUGCGUGGAGUCUUCUCCCUUCAGUACGAUUACAUGGAGAACCCCAGCCAAACUCAUACAUGCUCCAAUGGUUGUUUGUAAGUUUGCUUCUAACAUCUGCCUCGUUAUGAUUUUUUUUUACGUGUCUAAAAUAUAACAAUGUCAGUAUAUUUGUGUAUAAAAUGUGUUUCAAUGGAUUAUGCAAAAGAGCAGUUUACUUACGUUUUCUUUUUCUAUUAAAAAAUUCAACUGUCUUAAA